GAUACUUUUAAAUGAUUUAUAACAAUACAAUCGUAUUUUAUUUCGAUAUUAUCUUAAAAGUGGGUAACAAGUGAGAUCGUUGAAAUUUCUGUUGUAAUUUAAUUUAAAAUGUUGUAUGUGAAUGGUGCAUUGGUGUUCAUUUUGUCAACAUUAAUUUAUUUUUCAUCAGCCCAAGAUGCAGAGUUUUGUAAUCGGUUACGAGAUCAGUACCAGAACUUAUCUGCAAUAGCCGAAUGGGUCCCUAAAAUGCUAGAUGCAAAUGCUAAAAUUCCCUCUGGUCUGUAUUCGGGUAAUCGUCAAGAAUUAGGAUCAUUCGACCAAUGUAUCAGUAUAAGUAGUACAUACAACAACAGUCUCUUUUAUGGGAAGUAUUGCUUAGCGACAGUAACAACUGAAUUGUUCAAUUUUCGGUGGGGUGCAUGCAUACCGUCACCAUGUACUUUUUCUAAUGUAACUAUAGCAAUAGACAUAGAUGCGUUAAAGUUCAUUUUGAAUAGUUCUUACAUACAAAUACUUUCUGAUGAAAGCGACUGCCAAACAAAGGAUACUAUUCACCCAGAAUUUACAAUAGGUGCAAUUGUUACAUUGUCCCUGUUAAGUUUAUAUAUUGCGUGCAUUUUUGUUGCAACCUGUAUUGAAGCGUAUAAAUUAAAUAAAGAAGAAAAGGUACCUCCACUAUGCUCCGCUGUUUCGUUAAUAGCCAAUGUUAAGAGAUUAUUUGCCAAAACCACUUCUCAGAAUCACCUACACUGUAUAGAAGGAUUGCGCGUUAUUAGUAUUGUAGUAAUAAUUUUUUGUCAUACACUUCAAGUAAUUGGAAGUGGACCUCUCAUAAACAUUAACGAUGUACUUAAUUGGAUGAAUGCCUGGCAUAGCCAGUUAAUUUUUGGCGCUUCAGUAACUGUGGAUACGUUUCUCGUAAUCACCGGACUGUUGGUUUCAUAUCCAUUUUUGUCAAGAAAUGAAAAAGGAAAAAAGUUUAAUGUGCCGCAAUAUUNAAGUAAAUAUAAGUAUAUAAAUCAAGAAACUCUCUUUAGAAUUACGCCCACAUAUGCGGUGGCAGUUUUAGCUGUUGCAACGUUGUACCCAUAUUUAGGAACAGGACCGUACUGGAUUUUCGCUUCUGAUGUGCAAUCACCCUGCAAAUCCUAUUGGUGGUCGUCGCUUCUCUAUAUUCAAAAUUAUUAUAAUCCCGAUGAUUUGUGCAUUACACCUUCUUGGUAUUUAGACGUAUACAUGCAACUUGUAAUUAUUUCACCAAUUAUUUUAAUACCCUUGGUUAAGUAUCGAAAGUAUACAUUGACUUUUCUUGGAAUCGCUUUAAUUUUUUCCGUUGCAUUUCCUUUUUACUUAUCCUGGCACUAUGAAUUACCAGCAAUCCUUACAAAUCCAAACGGAAACACAUCCUUAUACUUUAAUAAGUAUUACUAUAUAACUCAUGCUCGUCUCGCUCCUUGGAUAAUCGGACUAGUGCUGGGUUACAUCAUUUUUGAAAUAAAAAUGAAGAGAUUCCAGUUAAAAAUAAGCAAGCCGGUUAAUUUGUGCUUGUGGUUUGUAUGUUUUGCUACCCUGUUGACAAGCCUGAUUGUGGGUUAUGACCAUUUGAAAAGCCAGCAAUACAAUUACUGGGGAAAUGCGUUGCAUAUAUCGUUGGUAAAACCUGCAUGGUCAAUAGCAAUAAGCUGGUUAAUUCUGGCGUGUUACUGCGGUUAUGGAGGUCCUGUGAAUUGGUUUCUCUCGCUUCCAUUCUUCCAAAUGUUGGGAAAACUCGUUUUCUCAGUUUACAUUAUACAUAAGCCAAUUUUGUAUAUGUUAACAUACGUUAAAAGAAGUCCGUUUUACUUCAAUUUUGGGAACUACCUAACUGAGGGAGGUGCAAAUACUGUUUAUGCUUUUACAAUAGCCAUUCCAUGGGCUCUCCUUUUUGAAUUCCCAUUUGCUGUAAUUGAGUAUAUGUUAUUUAAUAAAUAAACACACACAAACAAAAGUAAUACAAUAUA